UGGCUGUGUCUUAGAAGUUUCAUGCCUUCUGCCUAUUGUUUCCUCGGUGCGGAUUUAAAGAUCUGAGGCGAGCGAGCGAGCGAGCGACCAGUCAGGAACUAGUUUCCCCAUAAAACUUGUGCCGCCGUCGCUUAUUUCAAUCACGUAAGACCCCUAAUGGCGUUGUCCGGGCGAGGGUGUUACGUAUAUCUGUACAAGCUUUUCUGACAACCCCGUGCUUGUUGAUAAUUCCUCUUUUACUGUAGGAGCCACCAAGGUGUUGCCUAAGAGAGUUUAAGCACGCCGAUAUUGCAAAGGGUUAUUAGAUUCAUAAGUCAGCGAAGUGGUGGGCGAUCUACUGAGCACAGCAGAAGUUCUCAUAUGAUGACUUCAAACAAGACACAUUACCUACCAGCAUCUGUUGGAGUGAGUGGAUAUUAAGACACUUCUAUCUCCAGGACAGCGUAGGGGGGAAAAAUGCACGUUGGACAGAGGCACCGGAGUCGUGCAUGGACUAAAACGCCGAGUGGACGCCAACUCUCUUUCUCUCUUUUCCCAGCCCCCCCUUGCCAAACCUGGGAUUGUUUUUUCAACUUUUGUUCCACCAGGUUAGAAGAGUGAUGACCAUCCUGUUCCUUACUAUGGUUAUUUCAUACUUCAGUUGCAUGAGAGCUGCGCCCCUGAGAGAUGCCCCGGGCAUGCGGGGCCACCGGACGGAAGGCUACCUGGGCGCCGCCGCCGCCGCCGCCGCCGCUGCUGCCGCGACGGCGGCGGCGCGAGGCCACGGGACUCCACAGAGCGGCGGCGGGCCGGGCCAGCGCGGAGGGGAGCUGCCCUCGCUCACGGACACGUUCGAGCAGGUGAUAGAGGAGCUGCUGGAGGUGGAGGGGGAGGCGGCGGUGGCGGCGGCGGCGCAGCUGGGACAGGGGGCCGACAAGAGCCAGGGAGGCGGGGGCCCGGCCUCCGCAGCGGCGGCGGCGGCGGCGGCGGCGGUCGCCCCCCCGGAGGCCAAGGAUGUCGACCUGUACGACUCGCGGGUGAUGAUCAGCAACCAAGUGCCUUUGGAGCCGCCGUUGCUCUUUCUCCUGGAGGAAUACAAAAACUAUCUGGACGCCGCCAACAUGUCGAUGAGGGUGCGGCGGCACUCCGACCCCUCGCGGCGCGGCGAGCUCAGCGUGUGUGACAGUAUUAGCCAGUGGGUGACGGCCGUGGAUAAAAAGACGGCGAUAGACAUGUCUGGGCAGACAGUUACCGUCAUGGAAAAGGUCCCCGUCCCCAACGGCCAACUGAAGCAAUACUUUUAUGAGACCAAAUGCAACCCCAUGGGGUACACGAAGGAGGGCUGCAGAGGAAUAGACAAGCGGCAUUAUAAUUCCCAAUGCAGGACAACCCAGUCCUACGUGCGAGCGCUCACCAUGGAUAGCAAAAAGAAGAUUGGCUGGCGGUUUAUAAGGAUAGACACUUCGUGUGUAUGCACAUUGACCAUUAAAAGAGGGAGAUAGUGUAUAAAAUGUAUAGAUUUUAUUGAAGAGUUUAAAAAAGAGAAUAAAGAGAAAAUAUCUAUUUGUAUAUAUACAUAACAGGGUAAAUUAUUCCGUCAAAUGAAAAAUUUUAUGGACUGCAUGUAAAAAAAGAUGAAGUUUAUACAGUAAAAGUGAUACUACAGUCUAUUUAUUGAACAUAUUCAUGACCUUGUAAACAAUUAAAAAAAAUCUGAUCAGUCA